AUAACUAUUAUUUAUUAAUCUGUUGUCAAUAAUUCCAUUUACUAUCAAAAUAAAUGUCAAAAUAUCUCAAUGUCGUUUUGAAAUUGAAACACAAACAAUUAUUAAUAUAUUAAUUUUAAUGUUAUUAUUUAUUUAAGCUUUAAGUGAAAAGUAUUUUAGAUUAAAACUAUUUGUUAAAAUAUUUAUAUCACAUCACAAAAUUUAUAUUUGUAUUGUAUAGGUACAUGAAAUAUAUUAUUGUACUACACUAUUAAAAUUAUGUAUUACUGUGACGUAGAAGACCAAGAAUUAAUCCAUAACAAAAACAUCGAGUCAUGUAUGUUAAAUACAAAUGUUAAAAAUCAGCUUAACAGUUAUGACUUGGACACAAGAACUGAUAAUACAAUGACUGAAACCAAAAGAAAACCCUUUAAAAUUCCUGACCACAUUUCUUCUAUUGAAUGUGAUGGAAGUGUUAAAUAUACUUGUACUGUUUGCGAAAAAACUUUUAAUUCAAAAAAGAAUUGCUUUUAUCAUUUAACGUGUAAUGGAGAUGGAAUAAAAAAACUAUUGAUAUGUUAUAAAUGUAAUAAAACAUUUAAAAUCCAAUCACAUUUAGAUUAUCAUAUGUUAACACAUUCAGGUGAAAGACCAUUUAAAUGUGUAGAUUGUGAUAAAUGUUUUUUCACUAAAUCUAAAAUGAUUGAACAUAAAAUAGUACAUACAGUGCGUUCUCAUUUUUGUGCAACAUGUGCGAAAGGUUUUAAAAGAAAGCGAUCAUUAGAAGUUCAUAUGAAAUCUCAUGCUCUAGAAAAACCAUUUCAAUGUGCAACAUGCUUAAAAUUUUUCAAAAAUAAGCAAUGCUUAAAAAAACACCACAUUAGGAAACAUUCUGGAACUAAAGCAUUUUCAUGUGACAUAUGUAAACGGAAAUUUAGUUUGAAAGAUGCAUUGGUUUCACAUCAAAAGACUCAUAUAUUAUCAACUCAACUAGCUUGUUAUUUAUGUAAUCAACGAUUUAGAGAAAAGCGUUAUUUACAAAGACAUCUUGGAACUCACAGUAAAAAAAACAUUUUGAACUGUCCAAUAUGUAUGAAGAAGUUCACACGUAAAGAUAAUUUGGACCGCCAUGUAAGAAAUACGCAUUUGGAAUCUGAGAACAUUAGUAUAAAUGAACAUGUUAUCCGAGCUUCUGUUAUAAAAGUUGUCAACAAGAUUGAAUCAUGUCCUGUUAGAGUAAUUCAACAUACUUAACUGUUAUUUUGUAUAUAGUAUAUUUUAAUGUUUAUAGAUAAUAGUUAUUUUAGUUUUAUGAUAUUAUGUUACUGUUAUAGUUAUUAUACUGUGUCUACCUCAUUUAUAUUUUUUAAUUUAUUAUUUUAUUGAUUUACACAAUUUAUUAUUAUGUAACAUUAUGUGUGUUAAUAAAAGCAUUAGGUACUUUCAUGUUAUCUCGACUACCCAAAAUUUCCAAAACUACCUCGUAUAACUAAUAAUAUGCUGUAUACUUAAAAUAUUGAAUUUUGAUUUUAAUUAUUUAGUUUUUGUUUUAAAUUUAAGAAUAUUUUUUAUACUUGUAAUGAAUUAUUAUUACCUGAUAAAUAACUAGAAUACCUAAAACAAACAUAAAAUAUUUUUUUGGGAUAAUACAUUAAUACCUACUUCAUAAAUAUAUUAACUGAAUGUUAAUUAAUGUCAAAAAUAUAUUAAGAACAGUGGCGUAUUUAGGACCUUAGGGGGGGUCUAUGGUGUCUGACCCCCCUUCCCCAUUUUCCCCAUAAAUACCUAUCUAAACAUCUUAAUAAUAUAUAUAUUAAUACUAGCUGAUCCCGAUCACUUCGUUGCCCGUAAAAAAAAUUGCAACUGUUCAACUCCUUUUAGAUGCAACUACGUCGGAUCGCGAACAAUGUGCGAUAGCAUAUCAAGUAGGCAAUGUGCAAAAAUUUGAUUUAAUGUAAUGCUUGCACCUGAUCUGCCCUAUUAAUCAAUGGCAAUCAAAUAAAAAAUACCUAUACUAAUUUAUUAUUUAUUUUUCCUCUAACUAAUAGCAAUCAUUUAUAAACAAUAAUUUCCACCGUAAAUCUCAAAAUCCCCAUUUGAGCAUCUCCCCGGAUGGGCGGUAGGAGGGUGAAAUAUUCUUUACGAAUAUACACACAUAAUGUCAAGCCGUAAUGGAGGAGUGCUACCCCACUAACACUGACACGAGAAUUUUAUAUAUUAGAUAUUCUGUAGCGGAGCCCCCCGCUUAAAUGUAUUUGGAAAGUUUUAGCUAAAUACCUGAAUCCCCUCCAUGAAAAAUUUCUAAAUACGCUACUGAGUACGAAUAUAAUGAACAUUUUUAUUAAAAUAUUGCGCUAGUCGGGAUAACCUGGAAGAUUAUACCAAGUAGUCUUGGAAAUAUUUCGGUAGUCGAGAUAGUUGGCGGUUGAGCACCUAAAGUAGUCGAGACUCUAGAGA